AUGUUUAUCGAUGAUCUAUUUGGAAAAUAUCGGAAAACUGAACCAACUAGACUUUUGUUACUUAGAGCAUUUAUCGUCAUUGUAUUAGUGGCAGGUCUAACGGGAUAUAUUACAGCGCUUAUUAUAGAAAUAGCAAAUGAAACUCCAACCGUUAAAGUUACAUCCACAGUAGAAGAUAAUCUUCCAAUACCUGAUGCUAUACUCACAAUGACUUCAGCGUUUACUAUAUCAUGUGCAAUUAAGAAAAACGAUGGUUCAACGGAGAAUUGUGAUGGUUCUCUUUCUCAACCAGUUGAAAAAAACGGGAAAUAUUACGGUUCAUUCAAAGGAAAUAAUGAAUAUUAUUUUAUACCUAAGAGAAAAGACCCUAGUGCAAUUCUUUCGUUUGAGUUUACUUUAACGGCAAGUAAUUAUGAUGGUAAUAAUGGGGAAGUAACACUUAUUGAUCCUGAAAAAAAUCCAAUUAAUGUCGAAUUGGCUAGUGAAGUAACUGAUGAAAUGUUACAAACGCUUGACGUAACUACGCAAGAAAUUUUAAGAACUAAUUUGUAUUAUUUGGCAAAUAAUGCGAGAACAAAUAUAAAAUUUUCUCGUAAUAUUAAAGAAACAAUUAAAAAAAAAUUUACUGAUAUCCUCGGAGCGUCAACAGAAUUAGAACGACGACCUUUUAUCACAUCAAAUUUACAAUAUCUUCCACUCACCACGGGUUCUUCAAGUAAUUAUAUGGGAAUCGUUGUAGUUGAACCACAAAAUUAUAUAGUUGAAACAAAGACUGAAAUAAGGCAACGAACAAUAUUAACAGCUUUAGGUGUAAUGGGAGGUGCAUGCGAUACGAUUCGACCAUUUGGUUGCGUACAAUGUCUUCCAUGCAUAAAAAGUGCAUCACGAAAAAAAUUAAGGGAUAGAUUACGUAUAAUUCCACUUGUAGAUGAAAAAUAUAAUUUCCAAAAUACUGAUGAUGUAAAACUUCGUAUUGAUGCAUUGGAAGUUUUUUUAAGAGAAUAUGUAGUAGAUGCUGGUGUUUUGAAUGAAAUGGCAAAAUCUGAGACUCCAUCACAAACACAAUACACUUAUUCAUAG